AUGAUGAUUCAGUGCAAAAGUGUUCCAGGAGAACGCGUAGUUGUUAACAGUAGUGUAACAGAUCUUUUGAAAUUAUUUGAUGCACCUGAAAUCCAUUCAAAACCGAUUUUAGAAGUCACUCUGAAGAUCAUAUUUUACAUAAUUGCUAUUGCCGGCGACAUCGUAGGAAACUUUAUAGUUAUUUUAAUUAUAAUCUGUCACAAGAAAAUACGAACAACCACAAAUAUUCUAAUCCUGAACUUAGCAAUUUCUGAUAUCAUGGUGGCGUUUUUCUGUAUGUGGGUACAUCUUGGGAACCAGAUUUCUCCAAUGUGGCCAUUUGGGGCUUUCAUGUGUAAAUUUGCAACCUUUGUUCAAGUUCUUUCAGUUACACUCAGUGUCUUAACCCUAACCUGCAUAUCAAUAGAACGGUUUUUAGCUAUUGUUUUCCCGCUGAAAGGAAAGUUGACAUUACGUGGAAUAUAUAUAUCAAUUACAGUGACAUGGAUUAUUUCACUGGCGAUUGCUUCGCCGCAUCUUUUUAUUCGAGAACUGGUAGAGAUGCAGUUCCGGAACAGGAAAGACACAAUUUGUCAAGAGCAAUGGCCAAAGUACUACACUGACACUAAAUGUAAAACAGAAGAACCCGGGAGGAAGAUUUAUUAUACAAUUGAGGGGGUCGUAAUGUAUUUUAUCCCCAUACUGGUCAUGGUUGUUGCCUAUAGCAUUAUAAUUAUGAAGUUAACGUUUAGAAAAAUUCCUGGCAAUAUCACAACAAGUUCGUCUUCAUCACAUAACAAAAUCAGAAGAAAGGUUAUUCGAAUGCUAUUGGUUGUUUUGUUAUCAUUUGUAAUAUGCUGGACACCACAACAAACAUUUCUCCUAUGGGACGUUUACAGAAGCCGUAACUUACAAAUACCAAAAUAUGUCAUAUCAUUGAAGUAUGCCGCUGUGUACCUUGCAUAUUUCAACAGCGCUCUCAAUCCUAUCAUAUAUGCAGGACUGAAUGAAAAUUUUAGAAAAGGCUUCAAAGAAGCGUUUAAAUGUCAACUCUGGGGGAAACGAAAUCAAGUUCGUCCAGGUUAG